UGAGUCUUGAGGAUGUGGGAAAUUGGAGACAUUGGGUCUUGGGAACAUGGGAGCCUGGAGAUGUUGUGUCUCAUGGACCUUUGUUUCUGGGACAUUGGGUCUCAGGGAAGUGGGGGCUUGGGGACAUGGGGUCUCUGAGGCAUCAAGUCUCAGGGACGUUUGGUGUCUGGGAUGUUGGGACUUGUGGACAUGGGAUCUCUGAGACAUUGGUCUCAGGAAAAAGGCUGGGAGUGGGGGACUUGAGGACGUUGGGGCUCAGGGACAUGGGGCCUGGGGGCAGUGGAACAAACUCAGGGGUUCCCACAGCGGCUGCUUCCGUGAGUACUUCGUGCACAAAUUCCGUGCAAUGCUGGGCAAGAACCGUGUCAUCUUCCCGGGAGAGAAGGUACCAGGGGUGGGGGAAUGCAGAGGGGGGACCCAGUGGUGGCACCAGGGCCGGUGACUGUCCUUGCUGUUCUCGCAGGUGCUGCUGGCGCUGUCGGGGGGCUCAGCCUCCAGUGCCAUGGUCCGGCAGGUGCAGGAGCCGGGAGGCGGCCAAGAGGCUCCGCUUCAUCCCCGGCCUUGUCUACGUUGAGGAGGGAGCUGUGCGCAGGCAGAGCCCAGAGCAGCGGGAGCAGACCCUGGCCCACAUGGAGACCCUGCUGCGGGCCACUGGCUUCCCCUACCACGUGAUCCACCUGGAGGAGGCACUGGAGCUGCCCCCAUCCAUCUUACAGCCGGGGCCAGAGCAGUCCAGCAAGUCCGGCCCAUCUGGCCCCUCCUACAAGGAGGCUGUGGACAGCUUUAUCCAGCAGAAGCGACAGGAGGGGGAGGGGGACAGUGCCACCUCUCUGCCUGGCCAUAGCACCCAGGACAUGCCAGUGGGACCCCCAUACACUCCCCGCCUACCUGACACUGCCCAAACCCAGGAGCUGCUUCGGAUCUUCGAGGCCGUGGAGACAGCAACAGCACGGGAGGAGCUGCUGCAGAUGCUGCGGACCCACCUCAUCCUGCAGAUGGCCCGGAGCAGGGGCUACUCCAAGGUGAUGACGGGCGAGACCUGCACCCGCGUGGCCAUCAAGCUCCUCACCAACCUGUCGCUGGGCCGUGGUGCCUUCCUUGCCGUCGACACGGGCUUCACGGACAAGCGUCACGGCGAUGUGAUGGUGGUGCGGCCCAUGCGGGACUACACGGCCAAGGAGAUCGCCUUCUACAACCACUUCUUCAACAUCCCCACCGUCAUUGUGCCACCCCUCUUCACCAAGCGCCGGGAGAAGCCCAGCAUCCACCACCUGAUCGAGCGCUUCCUCCUGGGGCUGCAGGAGGAUUUCCCCUCCACCAUCAGCACUGUUUACCGGACAGGGGAGAAGCUGAGCCCAGACCCAGCCAAGGCCAGCAGCGAGUCCCAGCGCUGCCUCCUCUGCCUCUGUGGCCUGGACAUUGAGGGAGGGCUGAGAGCAAAGCUGCCUAUAUUCCACUACUGUGCUACAGUUGCCGCCUCACCUUCAAGGAGCUGGGCCCCCUCACCACACUGCCACCGUACAUGCGUGCUGAGGCCCAGCGCAGGAUCCACAGUGCAGAGAUGGAGCAGCAGACACAGGAGAACCAGGAGCGCAGCAAGAGCUGAAGGGGUUGGGAACAGUGGGGGACACAGACUCCCGUCCCUCAGUGGCACCUCUGGGGCAGGUGCCAGAGCUUGGUGGGGACCCCUGGCACCCAUUUCUGCUCCAGCCAAGGGCAGGGAGAGCCCCCACCCCCCCAUUUACUGGGGGCCAGGAGUGCUGGUAACCCCAGGGUAGCAUGUCCCUGGUCCCCCCACCCUCCCUGCCCCAGCUACCUGUCAGCCAGGGAGGCCUCAAGUUUGUUUUAUUCAAUAUCUAUAUAAAUAAACCAUUUGAAUUAAUAAAAAA